AAAAGGUUUUAAAAGAAGAAGUCAAGGCAGAAAGCAGUCAAAGACACGGAGGCAUUUAAGUCACUGGCACAUUUUGGAAACGGACUUUGUGCUGACCUUUAUUCAACCAUUGCCAUAAUGGAUUUAGGGGAUUAUGAUUCCGGCCAGUAUGACAACUACACUUACAAUGACGAUAACGAGACCACAAUAUCGAAGGCCUCUUCCCUACCCAUCACAGGGUGUUUUGAUUCGAUUAUCUGCAUUGCACUCAUUAUCAUCAACGUCGUCAUCUUCAUACUGGGCUUCUGCGGCAAUGCUGUUGUGAUUUGGAUCGCCGGCUUCAAGAUGAACAAGUCGGUUAACACCACCUGGUACCUGAGCCUGGCCAUCUCUGACUUCAUCUUCUGUGCCUGCUUGCCCUUUGGUAUCGCGAACUUGGCGAUGGGAGAGUGGAUAUUCGGCCUGGUCAUGUGUAAGCUCACCUCCUUCGUCAUGUUCCUCAACAUGUUCAGCAGCAUCUUCCUGCUGGUGGUCAUCAGCGUAGACCGCUGCGUGUCUGUGGCUUUUCCCGUGUGGGCGCAGAACCAACGCACCGUCAGGAAGGCCUCAGCCGUGGUAGUCCUGGCCUGGUUGAUGUCCAUCACGCUCAGCAUGCCCAGUAUGGUGUUCCGUGACGUGUCCGACCACCGAGGGAAGGUAACAUGCGCCAACAAUUACACCACAUAUAGACACAGCCAUAAGUACGUGGCGUGGAGCCGCUUCCUUGGAGGGUUCGUGGUGCCCUUCUUGAUCAUCAUCUUCUGCUACUCUGUCAUCAUCCUCAAACUCACAAAGAAUAAGAUGACCAAAUCGACCAAACCCUUCAAGGUCAUGUCGGCCCUCAUCGCCACAUUCUUCAUCUGCUGGCUUCCAUACCACUUCUUCAUUCUGCUGGAGCUGAACCCCCACCAGUUCGAUGUGGAGAGCCUCACCAUUGGACUACAGGUGGGCACGACUAUUGCGACGGCCAACAGCUUCCUGAACCCGUUCCUCUAUGUGUUCAUGGGCAACGACUUCAAGCAGAAGUUCAAGAGUUCCCUGCUCAACAAAAUGGAGAAUGCUAUGGGCGAAGACGGCCGCACUCUCAGCCGGUACCUGUCCAGGUCCAGCUCUUAUGACGCCAGGGCCUCUACACACAUCUAGAAUGCUCCAGCUUAUGAACAUUACCAACAUAACAUCUGCUGUCUGUGUCCAGAUGGCAAUGUUUUCCCAACUAUAGCUCCUAUACGUCAAAUUGAUUUGUCAUACAAAGAAUGUAGAUGGGGACGGAUAUAGCGCAGUGGCUUACGUGUUUGACUUCAGCCUUAAGGGUCUGGGUUCGAUCCCUCAUGUACACAGCCUACCUGUAAGCAUCUUUGACCAAGAUGCCCAACCCCUUUCUACUCCUUAAUGACCUGAAUCUGUAUUCACUGUAAAUCAUGUUGGAUUGAAGUGUGGUAAAUGUAAAAUUGGAUCUAUAAAUAAUACAUCAUAUAUUUCUCAGGUAACCUAAGCUUAGUCCUGGUCCUAGCGGUUAGAGUUGUACAGAGUUGUUUACUUAAUAUGAUUGUUCACAGGGGUAUGUGGAAUGUAUACUUUUAAUUUGAAUGUCUUGUCGGUUAAUAGCCAUAAUAACAGGAAUGUGGAUGUAGGAAUUUUGUGAAAUCAUUAUUGAUAUUUUAAGGAAGGAAAACCACUACAAUUCUCUGCUGUUGUUUUUGCUGAUAAAAAGAUAUUUGUCAAGGAACAUUGCUAAGUUCUACAUGAAUAUGAGAAGUAUAUAAAUAGGUAAAGACAGUCAUCGUCAUAGCUGUUUAAUUAUCGUUUUUCACAAAUACAAUAUAGCUAAAUAUAUGACCAGCCAAACAUCUAGGCAUAUUGUAUAAGGUUCUUUCCUGUAAUAUGCGUUUCAUAGAACUAUUAGGUUAAAAUAGGCAUGCUUUAUUACUUAUUCCAAUUAUAUUCAAAUAUUCCAUAAAAUGUUCUUUCAAUCCUAGAAUCAAAAGAUCAUGAACUUAUGAUUUCAUUAUCAAUAAAAAAAAUGAACCAGAAUCAAACUGAGCCAGAACUUGGCUUGUGUCUGCAUUAUUAUGAGUAAUAAGAUAAUGAGAAUAGUAUAGAUCGUCUGUAGUAAGGAAAAGUUUUUAGGAAACAUGUGGCACAUAUUUACUAUUCCUUCCACGAUUUAUACUGUCCAUGAAUGCAACGUUUAUUUUACAUCGAUAUUUUUGUAGAUGCUAGGAAGAACAGCACUCGUCUGUGUACGAGGGAUUGUUGAUCAAUAAACAUUUCAAUUUCAAUUUCAAUUUCAACCGUGAACCGUAAAUAUCACACGGAAAAUGCUGGGACGCUUGAAACAUAAACAAGCUAGCUGGCACAGAGGAGGGGAAACACGCUGACUCAAUACACUGGUAGUUACGACACUGAUUAGCGACACGCAUGAUGAUAUUUUUUUGGAAUAAAGUUGAAAUACCAUGAAAUAUCAUGUCGAGAUUAAUCUCGACAUUUCGAGAAUAAAGUCAUCAUGAGAAUAGGAAUCCUAUUCUCCGGCAGGCCGAACCGGACCCCGACGUGAGGCGGAUGGAUCUUGCUUCGCCCUGAAGGGGCUUAUUUUUUCGACAAUGACCGGCGUUCUAUACAUUAUCCUGCUUAUUAC